AUGGAAGGAAUUUUAUGGAAAUGGACAAAUUACUGGAACGGUUGGCAAACAAGAUGGUUUGUGCUAGAGAACGGCAUUUUAUCUUAUUAUAAAUCACAGGAGGAAGUGAUUCAAGGAUGUAAAGGAUCAGUGAAAGUAUCAGUGUGUCAAAUAAAUGUCAAUAAUAUUGAUAAUACUCGUCUGGAUUUAGUCAUACCUGGUCAACAACACAUGUAUUUAAGAGCGCCUUCUCCUCAAGAUAGGCAAAAAUGGCUCGUUGCACUGGGUAGUGCUAAAGCAUGUGUAGAUUCCAAAAUAGAUGCACUUGCUGCUGGUUUUGACAACUCUAUAGGUCAUAAAAAAUCUGAAUUACGCCUCUAUUGUGACCUGAUGAUGCAGCAAGUACAUGCUAUAAAAAGUGCUGCUUCUACUGAACACCCUGAAGUACAGAAAAUUGAAGAUGCAUCAAGUCUUUUAGCAGCAACCUGUGAUACAUUUAUAAGAACACUUGAAGACAUAAUGAAACUUACAAGCACUAGCGGCACUGGAGGAAAUGUUGCACCAUAUGAAAUGACUGUACCUAACUUAAAUAAAACAAAUAGUUCAAACAAACCACAGACUGCUAAUAGGAAUCCAAAGUCAAGUUUAAAUAGGUCAUUAUCACAAGAUAACAGAUAA